AUGUUAACUAUUUAUAAAGGUGCUGAUAUUUUAUACAAAGAAUUUGGAGGACUAACAAAAUUUAGAAUAUAUUCUUAUAAAAAUGAUUUUAAGGAAAUAUUAAAAUUAAUUCAUUAGACAUAUGUAAAUAAAAAUGAUUAAUCUAUAAUGGAGAAGUCAAAAGUGAAUAAUAUUAUAGGAUUAACAAUUCGUUCGAUCACUUUCAAAGAAAAUAUUAUCUAUAAUGGAAUAAUGAAAAGAUCAUUAAAUAAAUAUUAAGAUAAUAAAUAUAGUUCAUUUUGA